CACGCGGCUCUGGCGACUGCAAAAGCGUGGCGAACCAAAGCCAGUGGCCGAAACAUUGAUGCAACGACGCUUUUACUGAGCUCAUUUAUCGCUUAGUGGCACGAAGGGUUCUCCGGCUCUUUGACACUGAUCACAAAGCGACCACUUUACCUUAUAAGCCGCCAGAUGCCUUCGCGGGCAUGUACUAACGGCCGCAUGGAUCCCCCAAACAUCUUUCCUGACAACUUUCCGUCAUCUUCUCAGCUCACUGGCUCGCAGUGGGUCCUCAGAGCGCGCGCAGCCCAGGAAGCCGUGCCAGACCGAGACAUCGUCCAGUGGCAAAACUCACAGACACCUUCCGCAGGGCUCAACAGGCUGAUCAGAGAAGCUGCCAAGCCAGCUGCGCAACUUUGGCCAGCUCUCAGUAUCGAUGACUAUGAUUAUGCUCUGAACUCGUCGCCUGCUGAUCCGUCCAGUUCGACAACAGACACCCCCCGAUCACAUGCGCGCCCCGUCGGCGCCUCCUCUGCUACACGCCCUCGACCCCGUGCACUCCGCACACAUGGAUAUUCAUCUACUCCCAGCAGCUCUAUGGCAUCUGUGCAGGGAGACCCUACGAUGUUCUUCGGUCUGUUGAAGGAGGUAUCUGAGAAGAUAGACCAGAGAGCGCGAGAGAAGCAACGAUUUGUGGAGCGAGCGCGAGAGAAGGAAAGGGAGAAGGCCCGUCAGGCUGCUUUGCUCAACCACAAGAGCAACAAGUCCAAGUUCGUCCAAGGAGCGUCUAAAACGCCUCGUGAGGGAGCAGUGCUGGCUAAAGAGAAGGAGUCUACGAUGUCCGGAGGGAGCAGAGUUUCUACUUCAUCUGACAAACGCACAGUUGGAUUGGAGGCGACGGCCUCGCUCGAUCAUAGCUUUCCGAGAGCAGAACGGGUGCAUGCCUCCUCAAGACUCGGAAACUCGAUCGUCCUCGACGACGACGAUAACAUGUACAUGGAUAUAGACUCCCCUAAAUCGCUGCUCGUGAACACGAACUCAGUGGAGAGGAAUUCCUCCGGCCAAUCCAGCGUGAUCGACUCGCCCAUCUCCGCGGUCUCGCUGACCCGAACGCAAUCUCUCUCGACGUCCGGCUCGCUAUUGGGGCCCCCGAGAACUCCAUCGCCAGUGUCUCAGCCCCGUCCUGCCUUCGCUGUAUCCAUGCAUGAACGCAGCGCGAGCGCCGAGCAUCCCCCGCGUCCCGCACCGGUGCUGCCCAUUCAUCGCACGCACACUGACCCUUCCCAAUCUUCAUCGUCCAGAACGUCAACCACAAUCCGCAAGCCCGUUGCCCCUCCUGCUCCAAAACCCGCGCCGAUACCCCUUGCACCUGCACCGCCCCGCCCUUCUCAGCAUCCACCCACUCUUGGUAUGCGUCGCACCCGCGCGUCGACGUACAGCAUCCCACCCUCGCAGACUCUUCCAACGAAACAACGUCCCUUCCGUCCUCCACUCGCCCGUCCCCGUCCCGCAACAGCAACAGCAACAGCAACAGCAGCUCCAGCUCCACCCCCGGCCCCUGCGGCUCCCGUGCUUCAUGUGUCCCGUCCCACUUACAAAACCAACCCCCCGGCUCGUGAUCCACCUCCAGCAAGCCUCCCCACUCCGAAUCCUUCCCCGCCUGUCCCCAUGGUCGACCGCGGACGGAGCCGCUCUCCUCCUGCAGCAACAGACGCAGACUCGAGCUACGGCGACAUAUCGAUCGACGCCGAUCUGCUCGAGGCAGAGUUGUCGAAGUACGAUUAA